AUGUCGGACGGCGGGUCGUUCCGCGUGUACCCCGACGCCGUGGGUUUCCUCGAGUUUGGGAUGGUCGUGUCGUUGAUAGCAAACGACCGCAGCGGCGUGAUUGCGUCCGAGGGCUUCACCGCAUGCGAAGUGCAUCUCGAACGAACGCUGUCCACGGCAAUCGUGGACGACGCGACCCAAGAGAGCCACCUCGUCGAGUGUCACUUCAAGGACUGUCUGUUUGAGAUCGUCCCCAAGAUGAGCUACGACGCCACACUCGCGUACGAAAAGGCCACGGCGCAACUCCACAAGAACGAUCCAGCGCCCGUCCACGGGUUUUCCAACCCGCUCUCGGAAAUGCGAUUCAAGAGCGAGUCGGAGAAGCGCCUCAACGCGGCUGCUUACACCAAAAGCCACGGAAAACACGUCGACUACGGCCAAGGCAUUCAACUGCGACACGUAAAGUCGGGCAAAUUCCUCGCGACCAAGCCAUCUUCGUUCGACACGUGUGAUUUCGUCGACAUUGGGCUCGCGCCGGGGCUCCCGGCGGCGCAUUUCGUGCUCCUACCUCGUUUCAAACUCCGCCGCAAAGGCGAACCGGUGCAAAUCCAAGAUCAAAUUGUGCUGGCGACGGACGACAUGCGCCUGUUUGUCCAGCCGUCGAGUCGAUUCAACAGCGCGCGGGCGCCGCUCGUGACGGCGUCGGUCGCGCAUUCGAUGCCGUGGCGCGUGCUCGUGUACGACUCGAGCGAUCGUGUCCGGUCGUCGGCGGAAAAAUACCACCAGGACGACGCCCAGGGCUUCAAAGCGGGACAGUGCCUCCGCCUGCACCACUUGGAGACAGGGUCGUGGCUAGCGUACGACGCAACGUCCGCCACCCUUCGCUUGGAUCGCGACUGCGAUGCCAGCGACCACGCGACCGUUGUGCUGUCGCCCGAUACGUUGUGGGAAGUUGAGCGCAGCCGCGUGCACGAAGGCGGCGCGAUCCACUGGACCAAGCACGUCUGCCUCCGGCACGUCACGUCCGGCAAGUACCUGGCGCUCGCCAACACCGAUGCCGACCAGCCCGCGAUGGCCAAGGCACAGCGCGCCCCCGACACGUUUGCGUUUCGCCCUUUGACGCACGUCAACCUGCGAUCGGCCGUCGCGCGCGACAGCGUUGUGCAGGUCCAGCAUGUCGCAUCCAGCGCGUUUCUGCAUGCCGCGAGCCCGCCGGUGCCGUUGACGGAGGACGCGUCGGUGUCAUGCCCCGUCGAAGGCGUCAAGGUGCCGAAUGAUGAAGAUGCGUUCAAGUUGGAGUCGGUGCCGCAGACCGAGGUGCACGACGUCAUGCUGCUGGCGUCGUACCGGCGGAUGCUCGAGCAAUUCGUCGUGUUUUUCGACGCCAAGGCGCCAUGGCCCGUGACGAUGUCGACGGAAGCAUUCUUCGCCGACGUGUUGGCCGCGUUGGAGGCGCUGAAAGCGUUUGGGUUUUACGACACGGCCGCCGACGCGCGGCGCCACGUGCUCCUGCGCAAGCACCACUACAUGGAGCUCGUGACGCGGAUGCUGGAAGCUCCGUUUGAGCCAUGGGGCGGGCCGUUCUCGAUGGCAUACGUGAGUCUCUUCCGCGCCGACGCGCGCCCGACGUACGACCCGAUGCAGAGCAACAUUUCGAUGACGUUGGAUGGGCUGGACGACGGCAGCACGGACGAGAGCGCGGUGGCGCAGCCUCCGUCGUCGGGGCCGUUUGCCGCGCUGAGCGAGGCGUCGCUGAAAACCAUCCACCAGAUCGUUCGCGCCGCCAACGUGCUCUUGUUUCGCAUGUUUUCGACGUGCGAGCCGCGCGACGCGUCGACGUGCGGGCGGUCGCUGUCGGUGCUCAUGAAAAUGCUCGGCCACGGGUUCAAAGCGUCGUUUCCGCUGUCGUACUUGAUCCAGCAAAAGUUUCACCUGUCGCGCGAGUUUCAGUCGUUUUCCAAGAUCAUCCGCGACUUUCUCGACUUGAUCAAGGCCCACGGCAAGUCGUAUCGGUACGUGCAGUUUCUGGUCGUGCUGUGCACGGCCAACGGCCUCGCCGUCCCCAAGAUCCAAGACAAGAUUUGCGACUUGAUCUUUGUGCCGUCGGAGGGGUACCGCGACGCGAUUUUGCUCGAAACGCGGCCGUCGCAUGCGCUCGACGUGGGCAUUCCGACCCGUCGCGGCAUCGAGUGGAAGCCGGUCAAGGUGUUUUACGACGAAUACUACAAGGCCAACCUCCACACGACGCUCGCGCCCUACUUUUACGGCCUCGUCCAGCUCUACGUGGCGCUGUGCGCGGACCGCAACUACAAGUGCAUCGAGAUCCUCAAGGACAAGUUUCCGCGCCAGUGCCUCCUCGCGUGCGUGCAAGACAGGUCGCUGGCGCGGUCGAUUCGCGCCGUCCUCUUGAACCUCCUUGUCGUUGUCCAUGUCGACUGCGACCCGCAAAAGCCCGUCGCGAGCCCCAACUACACGCGCAUCUGGCACGACGACGCGAUUCAGCUUCCCCAAGUCGACACGACCAAGUAUUCGGCCGACGAUCGCGCAUUUUUCCGCCGCCUCAAGGCGGUGGUCAUCGACUACCUGGCGCGACGCAAGGGCGUCAUCGUGGUUGGCGUUGGCGAACUCGCGCGCAAUGAGCUCACGCUUGCCAUGAUGCGGACGUGCCACAAGCUCGUGGACUUUGGCAUGGUGCACGACGAUUUGCAGUCGAUCGUUGGCCACUUGGUCGAUCUCUUGGACUGCCGCACCGACACGAUUGCGCACGACGACGGCGUCGCGGCCAGCGCUGGCGAGGUCACGGUCCCGUUGUUUGAAAAUUGCGUCCACCGCCACAAGAAUCCGUUCUCGAGACAGUACAGCGAAGACGGCAAGCUCCACCUGGUCAAACCCGUCCGGCGGCUGUCGAUGGGCACCGCGUCGUUUGCCAAGGCGCGCAUCGUCCACGACCCGACUACCGUGUCGCGGUUCCAAGCGAGCCAAGGCAACGCGAUCGUGAUGGAAAUCAAGGACUGUAUCUGCGCGACCCUGCUGCGCAUCGACGCGCUCCGGCUCGACUACCAGCUCUCGCUCGUGCUUGCGUACGUGAAAACGCGCAACCGCACGCCACACGCGCCCAACGACCACGUGUCGCCGCUGGCGCAAGCGCUGGCGCAGCGCACAUGCCACCUCACGUGCGAGUAUUCGCUGCCCGUGCUGGCAAACCGCCGGCUCGACACAAUAUUUCUCCAAACGCUCAUGUACGAGCACCCGCCGCUUGUGUCGAAAGCGCUCGAGCUGCUGUACCUCGAAUUCAACCAGCACGAGCAACUCAUCAAAGCGCUCGACCAGGUCUUUUUGCUCGUCGACGCCACGACGGUGCACUUGUACGCGACUCUCCAGGACGACGUCGACCGCCUCCGCCACUUGGCCGAGACGACCGAAGUCUGGAUGGACCUGACGUCGUCGGGCGACUUUGCCGCGUCGCAUCGAGCGUGCACGCUGCUCGAGUCGCUGCAGGCGCUCAUGCAGAGCGCGGAAGGCGCGGCCAUGACACGGUUGAUGUCGAAUUUGGACGUGCUGCAGGUCGUCGUCGCGAUGGUGUAUUCCGGGAGCCACUACUUUCACGACCUGUUUCCGUCGCAAACGGCCGUGGCGCCGGCGAGCCCGCAAAAACCAUCGACGCUUGUCCACGACGUCCUCCAGGACCAGCAGCGCGCCGCCAUCCGCCGCGUGUACGACGGCUGCAUGGCGUUUCUGUGCGCGUAUUGCGCCGUCAACGUGCAGUCGGUGGCCGAGUACGCCGUCAUGUUGCUCGAUUUUGUCGAAGCGCUGCCGUCGGCGCAGGACGUGCUGCUCGCGAUCUACACCCACGACGUGUGCGACGCGAUUCCCCCCGACGUACUCGUCCAGUUCAUUCGGUGGAGCAUCUUUUUUAAACCGGCGGCGGAGACGCGAUUUCUCGCGUUCCUCAGCGGCGUCGCCAUCUCGGCGCACACGCAGCGGUCGCUCGUCAAUCAAAUCGCCAAGAACCCCGAGGUGGUCGACACCCAGGACGUGAUGGGGCAAGGCGUCGCCGGGCGGAGCUACGUGGCGGCGAUCCUUCACCUAUUGACCACGAUCGCAACCACGAGCGAGGCGCGGGACAUGUGCGCCGAGUCGUUUGUGACGGUGGCGCGGUGGGUCGACCUGUUUGAACAGUGCGAGGCGGACGCGGACGCGUUUGGGUUUGUCGCGAUCAAGUAUCUCGACGACGUGCUGCUUCAGCACGACGACUGCGUGUACAAGAUGGACGAUGCGCUUCACGUGCGGUUGUUUGGCGCUGUGCGGCGCUUUUCGCUGUGUUGCAUUCGUCGGCAUGUGCAUGCGCUGGCGCAACUGGAUAUGCGAGACGACAAGGCCGCGAUGGGGCUCUCGAACGACGUCCCGAUGAUCAAGCACGUGCUUCCCAUGCUCGUGACGUACUUUCCAAAACUCAACCCGGCGUUGCUCGGCCACGAAGACGUCGACGAAUGGCUUGCGGCGUGGUUCGUGUGGGUGUUUUGCGCCGUGAGCCGCGCGACGCUGACCGAUGCGGGUGUCGAAAGCGCACUGCAUCUGUGCAUGCGAUGGCUCGAUCAGUUGUGGAAACCCACCAGCGACAGCUCGAGUCUGGAACAGCUCUUUGAUGAAGGCUGCCGACGCAGCGCGCGGCCGUUCAUCGGGUUGAGCGGCAUCGCCGAGCCGUUCGUGAUGGACUUUGACAAGCCAUUUGUCGAGCUCGUCAACGACGUGCACGCGUACCGCGUGUACUGCGCAUCGAACAACCCAACGUCCGCGGCGUCGUCGCCGGCCCCACCCGACGCGGUCGUGAUGCCGAUUGUGCCGCUCGAAGACAAGCUUCCCCCGCUCCACGUCGACAUCGUGCGAAAGCAAUCGUGGCUUCCAAGCUGGGGCCGCGCCAAGAAGAAGCGCCACACGUCGGCCGUGGUUCCGUCCAACGGCAAAAGCAGCAAGUCGUCGCCACGAGCGUUCAACAUGCCCUCGUUUGGCGCGUACAGCGGCGACGACUGCUCGAUCGUGGCGGAUUUUGUCCAGUACGUUCGCGACCACCGCCAGACCAAGAGCGCGAUUCGAAACGAGCUGAGUGCGAUGAUGCAGAGCAUCGUGUGCCUCGAGGACGCGCUCAAGGAAGAGCACGCGUCGCACGCAGGGGUCCCCGCCGUCAUUUCAACGUUUGACGAGGUCGCUGCCAAGCUCGUGUCGCAUUUUCAGAUGCUCAAGCACGCCCGCUUCGUCAAGAUGAGCGUCGUCCUGCUUGACGUGUUUACGCGCACGAUCUUGUCGAUCGAGCACGACCGAAAGCGGCGCCAGAUGCAGCUCCAACUCGACCACGUCGGGCUCACGGCCGUGCUGGUCGACUUGAUUUCGCACACGGACGACGUCCAAGUGUUUGACCGGUGCGUGUGGCUCGGGAUCGCCAUGCUCGACGGGAUGAAUGCCCGCGUUCAAGAACGAUUUCACGCGCUGCUGACGCAGCACGCCGCGUGUCUCGGGAAAUUCAAGCUCCACUUGGAUAUGCUGCUGACCCGCACGGACGGGACGCGCAAGCCGCGACCGGUGAUGUGUUUUUCGCCCAAGACGACGACGACGCGCACGGACGAGCCGGCGACCAAGUACCAAAGCGCGGCGCGGCAGUUCCGAUUCCUUCAGCUCCUAUGCGAAGGCCACUACGGGGCCAACCAGCAGUGCAUGCUCGGCGACUACCCCGGCGGCGUCAACCUGGUCGACGUAGCGACCGCCGUCGUUGUCGAGUUUCACACGAACGGGUCGUGGGACGCGAUGGCGUUGCUGCGCCAGGUUUUUGACACCAUCACCGAGUUUUGCCAGGGACCGUGUCCGGAAGCGCAGCUGUGCGUCGCCAACUACAAGUUGAUCUCGGCCGUGAACGCGCUCCUGUGGCGCGAUACCAACGACUUGACGGUGACCGCCGUGGAUCUGGUCCGCCAGCUCAAAGCGUCGGUCGUGGUCACGUUGUUGAGCUUGGUCGAGCGCCGGGUGGACCACGAGAUUCACCGCCGGCUGGUCCAGGAGCUCAAUUUGGAAGCGAUCAAAGCCAACUUGAUUGUCGUACACGAUUACUUUGCCGCGACGUACCACGGCCAGUACGACGGCAACGUCGCAUGCAGCCGCGACGCGUUUCUCACGAUGGGAUUCAACUUGUACAUUUUGAUGCAGCACCUCGUCGAGUUUGAGCCGUCGCUGCUCUCGACGCUGGUCCCUGCCGACGACGUGGCGUACCGCACCGCGUAUGCGUUUUUCGACGACCGGUGUGCGCGCGUCGAGAUUGUGUGGCCAACAACUCGCGAUCCCGCGGCACGUCCGAUCGCUGGCGACCUCGUCUCGAUUUAUUUUCCGCUGCACCCGAUUUGCGUGUGCUUGACGGACCGCGCCAAGCGCCGCCUGCUCGACGACGUGUCCCGCGACGCAAACCGACUCGACGACUUUUACGACAAAACACACGUUGCGAUGCUCGAAAUGCACCACCAGUGCACGCUGCGCGGCCAUGCCUGGAUGGCGCUCUUGACGCAGCACCUGUCGCAGUUGAAACUGGCCGCGUUUGUGUGGAGCGUGUUUCUGAACGGGUUGAUCGUUGUGUACAACGAGCUCGACAGCCGCACGCCGUUUGCGGUCCAAGUGGUUGGGUACGUGCACGUCGCGCUGUGCGCGGCCAUCGUGGCGGGCCACUGCAUCAACGACGUGCCGUUGCUGCUCGUCGCCCACCGACACAACGACCAUCGCACGUUGCGGUUCGACUCGUCCGUCGAGGACACGCUCGACGAUGUCGAAGCCAAGGUGCGCGCGGUCAGCGACGACCGUUUGUUGCCUCGCCGUCGCGGCUGGUUUGUGCUGUCGGUGGUGCUUUGGGAUGCUAAAACGAUGUACCAUGUGUCGCUGCUCGCGCUCGCGGUCGGCGGCGCCGUGUUGGACAUGCCGCUUCUGUUUGCAUUUCACGUGCUCGACAUUGUGAAUCAGUCGACCGAGCUCCGGUACAUCUCGAAAGCGAUCGUGCAUCCCGGCAAGAGCCUCGCGCACAUUUUGAUCUUGUACAUGCUGUCCGCGUACGUGUUUGGAUUUGUCGGCGCGACGUACUUUUCCGCGUACUUUGAAAAGGACGGGCACAACGGGUGCACGACGCUAUGGGCGUGCUUCUUGACGUCGGUGGACGAGGGGUUCAAAAACAACGGCGGGAUCGGCGGGUACCUGGUGCCGAGCCGCCGCGAUGCCGGCGACCGGCUCGCGUACCCCCGGUUCGUGUACGACAUGCUGUACUACGUCGGGCUCGUGGUGAUUCUAACCAACGUCGCGUUUGGCUUGAUCAUUGACACGUUUGCGACGCUGCGCACGCAGCACAAGGAGAAGCAGGACGAUCUCAAGGACCGGUGCUUCAUCUGCUCGAUCGAUUGCUACACGUUCAACAGGAUGACCAAAGGAUUUGAGCAUCACACGCGGUACGAGCACAACAUGUGGCACUACAUUUACCUGUUUGUGCACGUUCGCCACAAGAAAUUCACAGAGUACAACGGCGUCGAGCUGUACUUGGCGACGCGGAUGGCCAAGCGAGACGUGACGUUUUUGCCGAGCCACCGCGCGCUGGCGCUGGAAAAGCACCACGGGACAUCGAUCGAGUCGGGUCGAGUCCCGAGCAUGGCGUCGUGUGCGGCGGCGGCGAUCGUGGGCCGUCCUCCCCACGUCGGUUGUUUCGACGGACAGAGCGCGAUUUGUGGCACGACCGGCGAAGAAGGCGCCACCGGAGUCGGUGCUUCUUCGAUCGCGCUGCAAGACCAGUUGACGGAGAUGGUCCACGGGCUGCAUGCCCAGCAGCAAGAAAUCCUCGCCCUCCUGCACAAGAUCGUGGCGACCCGUGCAACGGCAUCGCCGUCUACCACACCACGACACGACCGCCGCAAGUCCCUUGGACCGGCCAAGUCGCCGAUGCCCCAACAGCACACGCGAGACCAGAGUACGUGAUGCAAAAAUACAACUUGUGUGUGUGUGUGUCGA